GGCGGGUUUGGGCAACUGCAGCUCGAAUGCAGCUAGAGCAGCACGUACAGCAGCUCGUAGAGGAACGGGCACCUCGCAGCUGGAGAACAUGGGUGGAUCACCAGUCGUGGCGGUGGUUAAGGUGGCCCAUGUUGGGUCUGUGGAGGCAUUGGCGGCCUUGGUGGCAUCGGGGAAUGGGAAGAGCCCCAGCCGAAGGGGUCCCUGGCGUCUUAGCCUGUGAGUCUAGGAACCGUCAUGCUUCCCCGAAACGAAGGGAGCAGUAGGAAGGGGGGAUAUGGAACCGGGAAGCCGGGGAACUGGGCUUGUUGACCUGCGUAUAUGCGUAUGUAUCUCAUGAUGUGUUGGGUUGGAAAUGUACAGUACUUGCAUGGUGGUGGUGGUGAUAGAUAAUGAAAGAUAAGGCGAAGAGAGUGAGAGUGAGCCUAAGACUGAGGAUGAGA